UUUAACAGAAAAGGUCAUGCAUCAAUAUGAGUACCGUGCGUAUAUAUAAGUGGAAUUAUAAUCUUAUAUUUUGUAAUAAAACAAUCGAGUUAUAUAAAAAGUUAACCAAAAACAAAGGAUCAUUUGUUGUUUCAUAAAGAACAGAGACCUUUUCAAGAAGGGAAAUAAUGUGACUCAGUUGGCCGCGUUACAGUCUUAUCGGGCGAAAUGAUUGGGCGACUCCAUUUGAUGAUUAAAUGUGGUUUGGUGGUAUUAUGCCUUGGGAAAUACAGUAUUGUUUUUGAUAAACAGACAUUUAGUCAUGUGAAUGAUUCCACUGAGCAAUCAUGGGAUACAUUAAAUUAUCCCCACGAAGUAAGAUUGUGUAUGCACGAUCUUCCAGUUGUCCCCAAGGAACCUUUGAUUUUGAACAGCACCUUUAAUGCCACCGUCGAGCGGGGCAUCCUUUUGGAAAUCUACCGAUUGACCAAUGGGCUGAAUUGGACGAAUAGUUCAGGCUGGGGAGGUUCAGGCUCUCAUUGCCAGUGGUAUGGAGUCGGGUGCAGUAAUAUAACAAAUGGACGUGUCACAGUUUUGACUCUUGAGGCCAACAGACUACAAGGCACACUUCCUUCGACGCUAUGGAUGCUGAGAGAUUUGCAAGGACUUUGUUUGGAUGCAAACCCUGGGCUCUACGGAAAAAUGGAGGAUUUUCUUUCUUCAAAUAUGACGAGGUUAAUGAGGCUCGAUCUUGCUAGCUGUAAUCUCGAUGGUGUUAUUCCAGAUGAAAUCAUUGCAGGUUCAAAGUCUUUGGUAAAACUUCAGUUAAGCGGAAACAAGCUCGGCGGAGUUAUUCCACCAUCUAUAGGCCAGCUGACCGAGCUUCAGGUAUUGAGCCUAGGAGAAAACACCCCAAUUACCGGUAAAAUUCCUGAGGGAGUCGGUAACCUUUCGAAACUCUGGUUUCUCGACCUUGAAUCUUUGGGAGACCUUGAUACCACAAUAAAACCGUUUCUGGGUCUUUCAUCUUUGAAAUUUCUACACAUGUCAGAAAGCGGUAUACAUGGAACAUUGCCAGAUGACUUCGGAUCUUCAUUUCCCCUUCUGUGGGAAUGUCUGCUUAGCAGAAAUUAUCUACAUGGAACCAUUCCAAAAACAAUGGGAAAAUUGACUGCUCUCGCUCACUUAAAUCUGGCCGGGAACAAGUUCAGCGGACAGGUACCAAAAGGUUUGGGCAAACUUAAUAAUUUGGAGGUCAUCGAUCUGUCGAAUAACUCGCUCAGUGGAUUCGAAGAAGGAUUCAGCUUCAAUUCUAGCAAGCUCGCGCUUUUAACUGUUGCCCAAAAUAAAGAUUUUUCCACCCAGUUGUCUUGUGUUUUUAAAAUACUGCAAUCUGCAAUCAAUUCUCUCAGAAGGCUCGACUUUGGUGGGUGUCAUCUGACUGGAGAUAUUCCACACGUAAUGUGGUCGUUUAUGAACUUAAUUGAAUUCAAUGUCAAAGACAACUUGCUGUCUGGAUUCUUACCGUUGCCACGCCAAAACAUGUUGUUCCUUAUUACGCUUGAUUUCUCAGGGAAUAAACUUAUGGGAGAUAUACCUGAAUCAUACGCCGAUCUCUUAAGUCUUCAAACCUUUGACGUGUCUCGUAAUCCAUCACUCAGAUAUGCCGGGGGGGAUUCGCCGAAAAUUCCCAGAUUUGCGACGACGGACAAGAGCACGAUGAUACGGGAAAACGAAAACGAUCAUUACACGUGUCCUGUGAUCAGGUUUAGAUACAACAGCGGCAUUAUUAAGAUGGAUUCGACGUAUUACGACAGGGUAUUUUGUGAGUGUGACGAGAAUUACUAUGGAACCAAAGGACGUUGCUUGCAUUGCAUGUCCGGAGGAUCGUGUGGCAACCGUUCUGUCAUGCGAAUCACUUCUGGAUACUGGCCUUCUCCCUCGUGGCACAACACAACGCAUCUCGUAUCGUGCCAAAACGCUGGAGAAAUAAGCACGGUUUGUACUCCGACCGGAGAAUGCAAAUGCUCAGUUAACUCGACCAGAGAUGGAGAUCUAAUCACGGUUUGUGAUCCGGGGUGUAUUUGCAGUAAGGGAAGUGGCGGCAGGUAUUGCUCAAAGUGCAAGAGAAACUAUUACAGCCACAGUGGUGAUUGCAAUGAAUGUCCGUCGAAAGAUUCUGACAAAAUCGAAAUUCUUCUUCCUAUAAUAAUCGCUGGGUUCUUGGCUUUGGUUUUUGUCAUAUGGUUAGUUUACUCUCGGAAAUCUCUCAAAUGGUCUGUCGUUGUUGUUUUCCUGCAGAUUCUUUUCGUAACCCUUUUACAUGUUUUCAAUUUUGUUCCAUCCUGGUUGCUUGAGGUUAACAUCGUGGUUUUCAUUCUUGCGCUAGUUGGACACGGCAGCCGAUGUCGCGGUGUUCUUAAGAUUUCAUUGUUUUAUUUCCAGUUGCUCGACGCCAUGAUAGGAAACUACCACCGUUGGCCUUCCGGUGUGCUGAAGAUUCAGCGAUAUUUUAGCAACGUGUUUAACUUUAAGUUUGAAGGCCUCGAGUGUUAUUUUCCAAAUCUGUUCACCCCGGUUGGAAAAUUUUCCUCCCUUCUGUUGCUACCACUUGGCGUGAUAGUUGCAGCGUUUCUUGUGUUUCUUAUCAUCGUUAUCGUCUGCAAGAUUUUCCACUUUGACGAUGAGAAAAUCAAGAAAGCCAGGCACUUUUCCUUCAAUAUAGUAAUUAUGUUUCUAAAUCUCACCUACUUUCCAAUCGUCAAGCGUUCUUUCUCGGCCCUCGCACCUUGUUUGGAAGACAUCGACCGUCGGUACAUGGGCCAGAAUCCUUGGGUCGAUUGCCCAAGUCACGAAUAUAGAGUCAUGCGAAUCCUUGGUUACUGUUCCUUAGGAGUGUAUAUUUUAGGCGUUCCUUUUAUCUUGUUCCUUCCCCUCUUGAUCUGCGCUUUUUGGAACAAAGGUAAUGGAGUUAACCGUGAUGGAGCUGGCGGUGAAGGAAACGAAAGGGACUUUUGGAUGGGCUCUUUGUAUCUGGCAUAUAAAGAGGAAUUUCGAAGUUAUAUUGAAAUCUUUUUCCUCCUUCGCAGAGCAGUAUUUGCCGCGAUCCUCUCCUUCAUUUCGUACCAUUCGCCCUUUCAGGUGCCUGUUUUGACGGUUGGCUUUUUGAUUUGCCUGCAUUUCAUCGUGGCGUGCAAGCCCUACGAAUGCUCGUCAUAUUUGAAAGUUAGCCGCUUUAAGGUGGACGUGGAAAAUUGUCUCGAAUGCUUGAUUCUCGUCGUGUUGUUGCUAUCGUUCGUUUUCCUCGGGCAAGAUUCGGCACGAAACAGCCAAAAUGUGGCGUUGCUUUGGCUGGUUAUUGCGGGCAACAGCCUUGCUACGGUCGUAUGUAUCGCCGCAGCUGUUAUGAGGUUGGUCAGAAAAGAAGAGCAACCGACUCCUCCGGCAAGCGCUCAAGCUUCUGAAACGCAGAGCCUUCUUUCACAAAAUGAGCAAUCGGGUAGUAAUUAUGGUUCUACGGAUAGCGCAGCAUCUGCUGCCGAAGAUGGGCAAUAGUUUUAUCUCCAAUUUUCAAAAUCAACGAGUUAGAACGAAUAGCGAGUUAAGAUGCGCCUAAUCUACGACGUGGACGUGACAUGAAAACA